CCAAAGUCCAACAUGGCAUGCCUGUGAUUUCAGGAAGUGACUUGAAGGGAUCUCGUGGAGAAAUCGCUGCAUAAACAGUGUGUGUUUCAGUGAUGGAGAUCAGCAUUGUGUUGCUGUGUGUGACGCUAGCAGCCAGUGUGACACCAGCGUCUUCUGCAGCAGAGCCAGGUAUCAUAGAGAGCCUCCUACUGGCCACCAACCAGCGUCCAUGGCUCUGGGGUGUCUAUGUCUUCACUGUGGGACUUCCCAUCAUUCUCUUCAUCAGCCUCAUGUGGCCUGACAUGCGGUUUGGGCCUCCUGAUCAAGAGUAUUACUACAAGAAGUGUGAUGAUGCUCAACCAGACGAUCCUGACACCUCACAGUGGACAGAGCCGUUACAAACCAAAGCCGGAGAAACAGUAACAAGGAGAAGGGAAACUCAGGGUAACCAGAAGAAGUCAGACUUAGAAUCCUGAAGAGCCUACAAGAGGAUGGAAUCUUUGGCCAAUCUCACUGAUGACUGGACAAAACAACAAAGACUGAAUACUGAAGACUAACUAAUUCAUUAUAUUGUAUUAUGGCUUUUCUUCAGGUCAAUUUAUAAUUCUAAAAUUAUAAAUAUAUAUUGUAGAUAUUUCUAAAUAUUUCAAUUUGGUAGAUUACAGUAUUUUAGUGCACAUACUGUACAUGAAGUAAGGCAGAUGAAGACAUGGAGAUGAACUAAUAAAAAGU